GGAGCGCGCGUGUUCCUUUGCCGGUCCGAAAAAAAAAACAUGAUGGACAUUUAUGACGUGAACUCCUAUUGAUUUGAUCGACGAAAUAAAAUAAAAAAAAAAGUUUCGUGAAUUUGAAUACAGAGUGUUUUAUUUUUUUUGUUGUCGGGAAAACUUUUUAGUGUAAACUUUUGUUGUGACGCGCUGUAAUGUUUCUGUGACAGUGUGGUGGAUUGUAAAUUUUGAAUUUGGAAGAUUAGAACACCGUUCUGAAUUUUUCAACGUAGAGAAAAUCGUCUUCGGACGCCGAAAUGACUACAGACAGUGCACUUAAUUCGCAACGGGUGUUCAAGAAGUCAUCGCCGAACAACAAGCUGACACUGUACCUGGCGUCGCGCGACCUCGUGGUGGAGAAUGGCUGCAUCGACAAGAUCCAGGGCGUGUUGCACGUCGACACUGACAGCUUGGAGAAUAAGAAGCUGUUCGGACAAGUCACUUUGACUUUCAGGUACGGUCGAGAAGAUGAAGAAGUUAUGGGUUUGAAGUUCUGCAACGAAGCCAUCAUGAGCCUGGCGCAAAUAUGGCCGGUGCAUUGCAAUCUGGAGAGAGAACCCAACACACCGCUACAGGAUGCUCUAAUUAAGAGGCUUGGCUCCAACGCAUUCCCCUUCCAUCUGGAGCUCACCCCCAUAGCGCCCCCUAGCGUGCAGUUGGUGCCGGCGAAGCAGUACCACGGAGCACCCAUUGGCACUUCUUAUGACGUACGAGCAUAUAUUGCAGACCGAGCCGACGAGAAAGUGUCCCGUCGCAACACUGUGCGCAUGGGCAUCAGGGUGUUGCAGGGUCCGGGUAGGGCGGCGUCCCUGCCGCCCGCGCUCCCCCCGCACUCACCGCCCCGCACGCUCAGCACUCUGGCACAUCAGAACGUACUCCGGCUCAAAAAUAAAGCCAAAUUGGAGCCUGACGAAAAUUGCCGCGCGAAGAGCGAGGAAAUUGAAAACCUGGAGCCUGCACCGCCCCGGGCAACCGUUGAAAAGCCGUUCCUUUUAUCAGAUGGCAGGGUGGAGCUGGAAGCGUGGCUGGACAAGGCCACGUACUCCCACGGGGAGUCCAUACUCGUGAGCGUGCUCAUCUCUAACCAUUCCUCCAAGACUGUGAGAAGAAUAAAGACGCUAGUGGUGCAGCACGUGGAUGUGUGUAUGUUCUCCAACGGAAAGUUCAAGAAUGUCGUCGCGCUGAUGAAGGGGUCGGGCACCCCUGUGCUCCCCGGACAGACCCUCACGGACACUUACACGCUGACCCCUCACAAAGGUGUCACCAAAAACUGGAUAGCACUAGAAGAUUCUUACUCUAAAUCUGGUGCAAGCCUUGCGUCUACAGUUGUAUGCAGUACUGAUUCGCCUGACGAUCGCAACGUGUUUGCCAUCUACGUAUCAUACUACGUCAAAGUCAAACUAACCCUUAGCGCGAUGGGUGGAGACUUGUCAGUCAAACUUCCAUUCAUACUGACACAUUCUUGUAUCAACGAAGCGCCGACUGAUAGCGUCAUUGAAGAGGCCACACAUAAAAUGAUAUUAGAAGGCAAAGAAAACAGCGAAGAGGAAGACAGCAAAGCUGAGACAGAGAAAGAUAAACAAAACAACAAUGGUACAAAAGAAGACAAAGCAGCGUUCAGUGAGGAUGCUGAAGUGCCAUCACCUGAAGAACACAGAUGCGUAGCCGAUGUCCUUGUCAAUAUAGAGAAUAAACUGACUGAAAGACCAAAGAAGUUCGAAGGGCAAACAGAAAUCAGGAACACAAAGCCCAAUGAAGAGGAAUUGGAUAUGAUUGUGAAAUAUCCAGGCACUGAUACGUGAUCCGAUGAUGAAAUCGUGGUCACACAGGAAGGAGUAAAGACUGAACGUAACACAGACCAGUCGAACGGUGGGAAUGUAUUAGAUGUUAUAUCCAGUAAAACUGAAGCACCAAACCCAAAAAGUGGUUUUGCAGAGAACUUAAGAAGGGCAGUGUGCUGUAUAGAUAGACGACGUCAAUCUUAAUGUUAUAGUUGAAAACUUACUAGAAAUACUAGUUGUGUAUAAACAUUUUUCUACAUUUAAAGAAAUAUUUUACAUUUUCAAUGUUGAAAACGUUAUACCUACUCUACCUUUAAUGAAAGAUUAAAUAAUUGUCUAUUAAAGUGUCAAUCAAUUUAAUGUUUAUGUAAUGAAAUAUUUGUAACCCGAUGUUUUCUUUUUAUAGAAUCUAUUCUUAUUGUAAAGACAAAGGCUGAAUUCCAUGCCGUAGGCUUUUACUCUUAACUUUUACUCGUAACUAGAUGUAUUAUUGAUAUGACAUUGUUGUAAAACAAACAUGUAUUUUUGAAAAUAAAAAAUUACAUCACAAUAUAUUUCCUUAUGCCAAAUAUUGAAAAAAAAUCAUUAAGAGUAACAAAGUAGCGAAUUCCCCAAAACUAGUCAAUAGUUUUACUUUUUAUUAGAUGUAGGAUUAAUUAAAUUUCUAGUUACUUACCUAAAUGUCUGCCAAAACACCGGUUAGCCUGAAUGGUUGUUACGCUUACUAAAUUGUAGUAUGUUCACCUAAAUUUAGUUUACGAUAAGUUUAAUCUAAGUCAUAGCACUAUCUUAAACAUAAAUACUUAAGACUAAGUUACACAUGGAGAGAUUCUCGAAUUCCAUCGACUAUUUAUUGCUAGAUUUAUCAAUUACUGCAAACAAAAGUUGUAAGUUUUAUUAUACGCCAUAAACUUUCAACCUUCGUCGCCGCAUUGUAAAUAAUGUACAAGUUAAUUCAUGAACAUUUGAUUUUCAUAGCAAGUGGCUCUCAUGUAAAUAGUACUGACUUUUUUGUUUGAUUUGAAGCUAUACGCCCGAUCCAUAGAUUUAUAACACAUAGAUAGUAAGUAGUCGCAGGGUUCGUAAGCUGUUUAUGUGCCCCGAAAUGGGAGCCCUUGACGCAUCGCUAUUUUACGAUUAGUACGCUUGUGCGCGUGUCGGCGAAGGUAAUUAGCUUAGCUCUUACGCUCACAUAGUCACAGAAGUGGCUUACGUUUGGAGUGAAAAAUUGUUAGAUGUUACGGGUCUAUAUGGUUAUUAGUCUGUGGCCCGAUCACGUGUUUACACUACUUGACGGAUGCAUAAAUCGACUUUCAAGUUCUAGCAACAAUUAAUUCUCUCAUUCUCUACACUAAAAAACCACUAUCCAAAAGAUCUCAUUCAAGAAACUCUUCUUAUGUAAUUUAGAUCUUGGGGUAACCGCACACACUUAAUAAUACUGUUGUUAACUUGGGAAAUCUUGCUUAGUUAUACCGGUGUAAGUCUUAUCCCGGUAAUAUAGUAUUAUUACAUUAGUGGAACUACUUCAAGGAGCCGUACUCUACUUUAUAGACAAUGUUAUUGUGUGUAAGCGGAGCACCUUAAGCUGUUCUCUAAUUAUAUUGUCUAUGUCAUGCGAAAAUGUAUUUACAAGCUGUUUACAAGAAUCCUUACGUAAAUAUUAUUUCAAUCAAAUUGGUGUACUUUACUUUAGAGAAAAUGUACAUAGUUGAACGUUUGACGAUCUUGAAUAAUUUUAUGUUAUUUGCAGAAUUUAUUGAAUACGAUGAAUUUCGUUAUUCUCGACGAAAACUUUCCUUAAUGAUUUUACUAAAUCAAAAAAAUAUAUUCGAAGAAUUUUUAAGCCCGUUUAUACUAAAAUUCUGGUCUUAACCCUAAUCACGAAAGAGGUCAAAAUAAUGUUGAAAACACAUAUUGCAUACAUGACUUCUCAACUUUGAUCACAGCGAUCCCUCACUCACUUGUUGCUCCAUUUUCGCCGUUAUGCUUUCGAUGCCCAUAAAACGUAUGCAAAACAUUUCGCGUCAUUGUGAUUAUUGAACAACUUCAACGCUAAUAACAGAUUCAUGCCUGCCUUGUAGGGAUUUGUUUAUGCGCAGGGCAUUAAAUAACCUUUUAAAUAAUGUAAUAUUUGCUAAUACUUCAAUGGAUGCUGGUUCCACAAAUUGCAGGUGCGUGACAGAGUUAAUUGACACGUACAAUUUGUGCACCCUCAAGGCAAGAGUAAAUAGACAUCUUUUAGGCAAAUGCGCUUCAUCUUAGAGCUAAUCAUUGAUGUCAUCAGGCUUGAUUAUGGUCAAGCGUAAGCCUAUACUACAUACUACAAAAAAGACCUGACAAAACGGCGAUACUAAGCAUCCAGCAGGUAAGGAUGGAGUUAGUUUGACAGAACAGACAUAGCUAGCUAAAACCGCUCUUCGAACACUCCCCGUAAAGUCUAGUAGAUUAUAUUCUAAAGGGAAAUAUCCCUUCAAUGCUCUACAGUUAAGAAACUCCAUUAAAGUAAAAAUUGAACUCUCCAUCGUAGAUUGCCAUACUUUUAUUGAAAAAACCUUCCAUUACGAACAGCCAUUGACAAUCUAAUCAAUAAACAUACGAAAAAUAAUGUUUUAAGACAUUACUAUUCAGAUAUUCAAUAAGAAACUGCGACUAUCCUCUGAAAGUAUAAGCAGUUUGAAUAAAUGAAUGCAAAUACGAGAAAAUCUUGAUUAUUUAUUACUGCACUGAAUAAUUUAAGUUUGAAGUGCUCCGAGUUAGAGCUAAGAUUGUUGAUAUUUAUUUAAGAUCAUAGAGUACCUUGUUUAUUUAAUUCAAAUAUGUAAUAUGAUAUUCAAACACAUAAUCAUUACGCAUCCUUUUCAUAGGGUAAGCAGAGACUUCUUCCUUCCAGAUAUUACGAUCCUUGCAUAUCUCCCUUGCUUCUUCCUUCUUCUUUUUAUGAAAGGAUUGGUGAGAAUUCACCAAUCCUUUCAUACACUUGAUACAAGUUUAGGGUUUUCUUGACAUGACCCUUUGAGAAUGUCCUAGAUUUGAUCUAGAAACUGUCCUUUUCUACAUUUUCAUUUAAUCUGCUUUCAUUUAUCUUCUAUAAAUACUUAAACCUGGGAUAUAAUACCUUGUACCUUUUAGUCGCUACAUCCUAUUUUAUACAAAGUUCUAAGUAUAUUAUUAUACUAUUUAUUAUUAUUCCAUUCAUACUCCUCAAUGUUCUCAUGCCUUCUGCAUUUAUUUUACUUUUACGUUUCUACUGCCAUGAUACCUGUCAUGUUUCUGCACCUGAUUGGACUUUGUUAAUGGAUACGUAUGAAAAACAUUAUAAAAUCCCAGAGAAUGUCGCUAUUUUAAGAUCUAGCCCAGACAUUUUCCUUUUUUCCAAACAAACUAAGCGCUUACUAACUAGAGCUUACAGUGCCGUGGGAGACUAACAUUCCGAAGGACCACAGUAUAAAAGUGAAAAAAUAUUUGAAGUAAAAAUGGCUAUAUAGUUAGUCUGUACGCCGUAGAAGUAGGUGCGAGAGGAUUACCAGCAAAAUCUCUCUAUAACCUUAAAGACCUCUUCAGCAAGUUCUAUAAAAGAACGGGUAAUCAAAGCUGCUAUAAUAGGAUCUUACCAAAUUUGGCUAGACAGGGAGAACAACACGAGCGGAAAAGGGGAGCGUUGAACGAUCGUCAAGGAAUUCCUUAACCCUACAUCCUGUAGUCACAAGUCCAGGACUCUGCUCGGAGUUUUUCUCUACCACGCGAUGGACCCGGCACCUGCACGGCGAAUCCAUGGAAUGCUAAGAUAUUCGUCUCUCUCUGCGAUAUAUUAAAAAAUAAAUCAACCCCAGUGUAUGUACGUACCUACAUAUAAUGAAAAUUAAGAUGAAGUGAAACAAAAGGAGUAUCAUUCAAAAACUUUUUAGUUACACAUAUACCUGCAGUUAUCUCAUUAAGUUAACACUGCUUUACUAUACAACUUUUGUACAGAAUAUUCUAUUUCUAGAAAUACUUGAUGUAAAUAGCUAUUGGAACAUUGUAAGCACAUUUAAUUUAGACUGUGUAUAAAUAUGGUGUAAAUAAAACUUUUGG